GCCUGACAGGCUGCAUACCGUGUAGAUAUGAUGACACAUAAGUCAUGGCAGUGACUACAAAUGAUUCCCUGCCCAAGUUGGGUCAGCUUGAUGCCUCGUGCGUACGUACUCACCUUUUUAGCUGUGGUCAUCGCACUGUUUUUGGCCUGCAAGUCCAACAACAUGACGGGUUAUAUUUCAAAAGACCAGAGUUGGGCAGACGGCCCAUGCGAACUCAUUCAUACACCACAAUUCUUGACCAAGAAGGAAGACAUCUGGACAAAGGGCGCGACACACAUGGCACUGCUGCACAACGCCAUUCUUCGAGGCUUCAACACCAUCUACCUACAAGCGCCUCAUGUUCAACCCGAGGAUCACCACGCCUUUAUCGGGUACAGCCUGACGUGGUAUCGCUUCGUCAAGAGCCACCACGACGAUGAAGAAGCAGAACUUUUCCCCAAGACCUUCCUUGAAGGUCUCACAAACUUCCGCGACUACUUAGCCAACCUCCCCUCACCUGCGUCUUUCGACGGCAACGAGCUCGUCGACAUCAUGGACUCUUUCCACCGCCCAUUCGAGCAUCACUUCCAUCAUGAGGUCGACACCAUAGCUUGCUUCGCAACCUUGCCCAACACCCCGACUCCAGACUCUCUCGAAGCCUCUCUCGCCGCUGCGACCUUCAAAGCGUGGGGUAAGAAGACUCUCACAAAGGCUGGCAUGACCGACGUUGUACCCUUCGCUCUCCUCAACCUGGAUAGAACAUUCGAAGGUGGCUUGUGGGCUGCUUGGCCUCCAAUGCCGGGUCCUGUCAGGUGGAUGAUGGUCAAUAUCUUCGGCAGCUGGAAUUGGGCCUGGUGGAAGUUUGCGAGCUGUGAUGCCUCAGGCAGUCCACGGGCACUUCAUGCGCUGCAGGCCUAG